AUGCUAGGUUCGGGAAAGUCGGUGAUUGCUGUCGCUUCGUCUUCUGCUGCUGCAGGCGUUGCGGGUGGUUCCAGCGGUGGGGGUGGGUUCUCUGCGGUUGCUGCUAAGGCUGUGCCGCUGGGUCGGUCCGGCUCGUAUAAACUGACGGUUCUGGCGAUCGGAGCAGGAAGCAAGGGGGGAUUGGGAUUGGGAGCCGGGGGCGGUGAGAGAGGCAAGGACGGCGGGGAGAGGGCGAGAGCAGGAGAGGAACGCGGGAAAGAAGGGGGGGCAGGAGCAGGGGGAGCAGCAAGAUCUGCAGGCAUAGCAGGACCAGCAGGGUUUGGAGGGAGGAAAGACGGGGGAGCCGAGGGCUCAGGCAAAGGGAGUGAGAGGAAGGGAGAGGAGGCGAGAAAAGGUACAGGAGGAGGAGGAGGAGGAGGAGGAGGAGGAGGAGGAGGAGGAGGAGGAGGAGGAGGAGGAGGAGGGGGAGGAGGGGGAGGAGGUGGGGGAGGAGGUGAAGUGAGUGGAGGAGCGCGGGAGAGGGAGGGUGGGGAAAGGGAGGACGGGGACAGAGAGGAGGGUGCGAGGCGUAGAGCAGGAUUGGAUAGAGCAGGUUCGGAUAAGGUAAAAUUGCUGAGAAAGAAGCGGCGAGUAGCAAGGUUUCUGGAGGAGGAAGAGGAGGAUGAGGAGGAGCGGGAUCGGAGAUUCAUCGCUUCAGACGAUGAGGAUGAGGGUGAGAUGGAUGUGGGUGGAAGCAGCAGAGGAGGAGGAAGGGGAGGAGACGCGAGGUACAGAACAUGGAAGGAAGGAGCAGAGGAAGGUGCGGGGGAAGGUUCAGAGGAAGGUGCAGAGGAAGGAGCGGAGGGGUUGUACGAGGGGGAAGAGGAGGAGGAGGAGGAUGAGCAGGUGGCAGCGUGGGACAGCGUGUGCUACAUCUGUGACGAUGGGGGCGACUUGGUGUGCUGUGACGGCCCCUGUAUGCGCUCUUUCCACGUGGAGCCUGAUAAUGAGGAGGAGAAGCGGAGGGAUAAGUUCCACUGCCCGACUAUUGGACUGACGGACAGAGAGGUGCAUGAGAAGGAGACCUGGCUGUGCCCGAAUUGCGAGGCGAAGCAGCACGUGUGCUUUAUUUGCCACCAGCUCGGGCGAUCGGAGCCGGUUUUGGGUGGGAAUUCGGGGGCGGAUGGUGGGGGGGAGGGCGAGGAGCAGGGGCAGCAGGUGCUGCAGGAACAGCAGGUGUUCAUGUGUGACGUGGCACUCUGUGGGCAUUUCUACCACCCGACAUGUGUCGCGUCGUGGUUGGCCGAUUCUAAAAGGCUGCCCCAGGGCAGCGAGGAGCGAAUCAAGGAGCUGGAAACUGUCGCCGGGAACAUCCGGGCAGGAUCCGGAAUGUUUUUCUGCCCGUUGCACACUUGCUCCAAGUGCCAGCUGGAGCAUGGGGGGGAUUCAGAGAUGCAAGAGGGGCUUUAUGCACAAGGAGACGGCGCAGACCUGGAGCAAAGGCAAGGCCCCACGGCACAUGUUUCAGUAUCCCUGCGGUCUAGACGUGUCCUUUCCAGGGCUCGCCUGAGCAAGAUAUGCAAGGCCCCACGGCACAUGUUCCAGUACCCCUGCGACCUGUACGCGUCCAGAGGCAAGGCCCCACGGCACAUGUUCCAGUACCCCUGCGACCUGGACGCGUCUAGAGCUCGCCUGCGCAAGAUAUGCAAGGCCCCACGGCACAUGUUUCAGUACCCCUGCGACCUGGACGCGUCCAGAGCUCGUCUGAGCAAGAUAUUCGAGGACGCAGCGAAGCAGUAUCCUUGUGACCUGGACGCGUCCAGAGCUCGUCUGAGCAAAAUCUUUGAGGAUGCAGCGAAGCAGGUCACAGAACAGACGGCCAAGGCCGGCCUUGCCGUCCCGCGCAUGUACCAGCACUGCCACAACAACGCGGGCUCCGGCUCGGGCGGCAACGCGGGCGGAAAUGCGGGCGGCAACAACAACAACAACCAGGGCGGCAACCCUCGGAAGAUAGCGCUGAGCAAGCUCGAAUCAAUCCUCCACGCAGGGGAAAAGGCUCGGAAUUUUUUAGCCAAGGAGUUGGAGCAAGCAGGGGUGAUAUCAGCCCAAGCACUGCAACAAGCGAUGGGACUUUGCCCUAAGAUGCAACUCCAGCAGCUGAACGUAAUCGGGAGCACCUUGCGGGUGUACCUCUCUCCGUACGUUCACGGGCAGCGGUACACGUCCUUCGGGCGGCAUUUCACGAUGCCCGAGAAGCUUAACGAGGUGGUGGAGCGGCUGGUGCCUUAUAUGGAGGAUGGGGACGUGCUGGUGGAUUUCUGCUGCGGGGCGAACCACUUCUCGCUGAUUGCGCGGCAUCGCCUGGAAGAGGCGGGGAAGCGGUGUGGGUUUGCCAAUUUCGACAUCAUGCGGCCUCCCAAUGAGUUCUGCUUUGUGAAAAGAGACUGGUUCUCUGUCAAGGAUGGGGACGUGCUGGUGGAUUUCUGCUGCGGGGCGAACCACUUCUCGCUGAUUGCGCGGCAUCGCCUGGAGGAGGCGGGGAAGCGGUGUGGGUUUGACAAUUUCGACAUCAUGCGGCCUCCCAAUGAGUUCUGCUUUGUGAAAAGAGACUGGUUCUCUGUCAAGGUGGGUCCAAAUGGGUGCUGA